AUGCCUCAGAAAACAAAAGACUUAAGACACAAACCCAAUGUAAAUCACCAAACAACACAACCACCAUCAAAGACAAUUUUGUGCAUUGUUUUGGGAGCCGUGGCAGCCCGCCCAGGUCAUGCGUCAGGAACGGCAUAUUUACCAGCUGCUCCGGCCAUCUAUGAUCACUAUGAACAUUAUGCACCCACCAUUGUUGGACAUUCGGUCGAACAUUAUCCGACUGCAGUGUCACACCAAAGUCAAACGAUUGUCCACGAGAAACGACCUUAUCUCCGGCCCAUAGUCGAGUAUGCACCGGCGGCCACCUUCGUUAAGGCGCAUGCACCCAUCAUUAAGAAAUAUGUUGUGGCCGCUGCUCCAGCCAUAGAAUAUGCUUAUGCUCCCGAAUCGUAUUACACUGGCAGUGGGGAGCUUUAUGCCACAAGUGGUUGGGGCGAUGCGGGUUUGGCCUAUACCACAACAAAAGGUGGCUGGAAUGCAUGGCCAUUGAAGUAAAUUUGGGUGAGAUGCAACUGAGU